AUGGAUAAUACAUUAAAUAAUAAUUAUCCCUUGGAAAUGCGAGAUGUCGAUCAAGAAACAGCAGAAAUGCUAAUGAAGUAUUUUACCGGUGAACACACCGGGUUCGUACGCGUGGGAUCGAAGGGUUACUUUCUACCGCACAAGUUCAGGCAGGAAGCCCUUAACAUAUAUAAUAUGGACAUCCGCCCAUCAGACGUGUUUGUUGCUAGCUAUCCUCGAUCAGGCACAACUUGGACACAGGAACUAGUUUGGAUGGUAGCGAAUGACUUAAAUUAUGAAAAAUCAAAUGCGACACCUCUUACUGAAAGAUAUCCUUUUCUAGAAUUCUCAGUAUACGUGCAUCCAGUAAUGAAACAGCGAUUCCAUGAUGAGAAUAAAGAUAGUGAAAGAAAACUGGAACUCCUUGAAUUUGUGUGUCAACCAGGAACAGAACAAUUGGCGAAAGCGCCCUCACCUCGUUUUGUUAAAACACAUCUGCCCCUUUCACUGCUUCCGCCGAACUUACUCGACACCGCCAAAGUGAUAUACGUCGCCCGCGACCCGAGAGAUGUUGUUGUAUCUUUUUAUCAUUUAAAUAAGGCAAUGAGGACACAGGGCUACAUCGGCGAUUUUAAACAAUACUGGAAUUUCUUCAUAAAAGACUUGCAUCACUGGACACCCUUUUUCGAGCACCUUAAGGAGUCAUGGGAAAAGAGAAAUCAUCCUAAUAUGUUGUUUUUAUUUUACGAAGAGCUUUCUAAGGAUCUACCAUUAGCUGUGCGACGAGUAAUGAACUUUUUCAGCAAGCAGUUCACAGAGGAACAAAUAGAGCGUCUCUGUGAUCAUCUUAGCAUUGAAAAUUUUAAGCAAAAUAAAUCCGUUAACUACGAUGUCAUGCGAGAACUCGGUAUUCUACAAACGGAUCAAGCAAGUUUUAUAAGAAAAGGCAAGGCAGGAGGCUGGUGCGAUUACUUUGAUGAAGAGAUGACAGCUGAAGCCAACAAAUGGAUUGCUGACAAUCUACGUGAUACAGAUCUACGCUUUCCACACAUGCAA